UUCCCCGCUCUCCUUGGUGACGACGCUUCAUUUUGGUCUCGUUUGUGCUCGCAAGGAUUGUCUUCACCCUAUUUCUGCUGAACUUUGGCAUCAUCAACCACCUGGUGGCCAUCAUGGUGGAUCGCGUUUCGAACAUCUCAGGCGAGCACAAUGAGGUGCAGGAGAAGCUGAUGGGCAAGGCACAUGACAUGCUUAUCCGUUCCUUGGAAGAAGACCUUCGAUCUGGCAUCGGCCUAGAUGGCAAGCUCAGUAUGCAGGUCUUCCACAAGCUAAUCCAGACGCCUACAGUGAACGCAAAGCUGCAGAUGAUGGGCAUCUCUGAUGAGGAGGCUCAAGCCUUCUACGAGAUAAUGGAUGGUGAGCGGCACGGAGGGAUCACUGCGCACCAGUUUGUGCUGGGCUUGAGCAAGGCCAAGGGCAAGGCCAAGAGUGUGGACAUGGUGAAGCUGAUCUCUGUGGUGAACCGGCAGACCAGCCGUGCAAGUAAACUGGUUCGUCGUGUGCAGGGGCUGAUCCAGGAGGUGGAUGAGCUGCAAAAGCGCUUCAACGAUCUUGGCCGAGGACUGACCCGCGAGCGGGUGGUCCAGCGCCAGCAAGAUCAGCGACAACAGGAGCUGCGACAGCAAAAGAACGACUCAGAUCUCUUCUACCAGGCCAUGGAGCUGCAACGGCAGUUUGCACAAGUGAGAGUGAAGAUGCAGUGAACCUGAUGAGCCGAGGAUAAGCUUUCCACAGACAUCAGUGAGUUCAGUGAGUCACUCAAAACAAGGACGGUGCUGCGCAGCAGUGCCACAACAUUCUUUCCCCCUCAGGUAAACAUCUGACCUGGUGAGGUAUGUCUUCUGGUGGCUUAGGCUAUAUAAUGGUCGUGGCCCACAUACGCAUCCCGCUUCUCCACUCAUGUGUUGUGAUCAUCGUCGACGGCUUGGUCAUUUUCCAAAGAAACCACCAUCUCUUUCAGUUCAUUCCAAAGACCACAAAGACUGCUAGCGCUCCAGACUUGACACAUUUGAUUUUGAUGUGGAGUUAGAAGGGAGGAGGUGUUGCUCAGCUUAGUUUGAAGUUUUCCUAAUCAUCCGCGGGGCCAAC